AUGAAUAUCAAUAGUAAUAAUAAUAAUAAUAAUAAUAAUAACAACAAUGAAGAGAUAAGUGGUAGUAAUUCAAUAAUUACUGGAGAAAAUAAUUUAACAAAUAGUGGUGAAGAUAGCUAUAAAAAAUUAUUACAAAGUCAAGAUAAUAAAACUACAUUAAAAAGGAAUAAUAGUGGAAUUAAUAUUAAUGGUGGUGGUAGCAGUGAUAAAAUUGAUUUUAGUGAUAUUUUAAAUAAUAGAAAUAAUAAUGAAAUAACCAAUAUUAAUAAUGAUAAUAAUAAUAAUGAUAGUGAUAAUGAUAAAAAUAUGAAUGAAGAAAAUAAAAAAACCCCAUUUUUAGUAAUGGCAUAUUUAUAUUUUAUAGUGAUAGCAUCGGUAUUGGGUACAGGUAUUCUUGGAUUGCCAGUGAAAUUAAGUCAAAGUGGUUUUACACCAUUUGUGUCCUCAUAUACUUUAUGUUUUUUCAUGCAACUAAUAUCAAUGUUUUUCUUGAUUGAAAUUUUACAAAGAGCUUAUGCAAUUAUUAAAUCAAACUUUUCAACCACCAUACCAACAAUCUCUAAUAGUAGUAGUAAUAAUGAUAUUGAUGGUUCAAUAUCAUUAGAUUUACAAAAAAUUGAACCAACUCAAAGUAGUAUAUUAUCACCAGAUAUAAUUAACAAUAAUAAUGAUAAUAAUACAAAUAAUAAUUAUGAAAUUAAUGAUUUAUCAGAAUCAACUGAUUCUUUAAAUAAUCAUAAUAGUAAUAGUAAUAAUAAUAAUAAUAAAAAUAAAUCAUCUAAUAAUUCAUCAAUUAGAUCUUCUCCACCAACAUUAAUAAAUAAUAAUAAUGAUCAAAAGAGUAAUGUUAGUUUUGAAGAUAGUCCAAUGUUAUCUUCAACAAAGAAACAACAGCAACAACAACAACUACAACAACAACAACAACCACCACCAACUCAACAUGACCAAACUCCAAAUCUUCAUAAUAUUGGUACAAAAUUUAUGGGUAGAUUUUCUUAUUUUAUUUUUAUGUUUUCUGGACUUUUACAUUUUUGUUCAGUUUUAAUUGGAUAUGGUUUAGCAGGAACAGAAUCAUAUUCAUUAUUAUUUAAAAUUGAUGAAUCAAUGCAACAUUAUUUAAUUUUACCAGUUAUUGUUAUAUUAACAGGUAUAAUUAUUUUUGGAUCAAAAACAUUACAACAUGUAAUUACAUUUUGUACAUUUGGUAAGGGUACAUUAUUAGUUGUAAUUGUAUUUAUAACUGGUAUUGUAUCGAAUCAUGUUCAUAAUGAUAUUAGUAAUGAUUUCUCUUAUAUUGGAAAAUCAUUACUAAUUUCGACGAUUGCAUUGGGCGGGGCGAGUAGUACAUUGCCAGUUGUAUUUCCAAAGAUUGUAUUCACUCGUAAAGAAAUUAUUAAAUGUUAUUAUGUUUCGGGUGCUGCCUUAUUUACAGUUUAUGUAUUGAAUAUUAUUUGGUGUUAUUUUUUAUUGAAUAUCAUACCACAAUUACCAGACCCAGCCAAUCCAAAUAUGCCAUCACUUGCAAAUGCAGCAAAGAAUGGCGAAAUUGCGACAGUACCUUUAAUGAAGGUCAUUAGUUUAUAUUAUCCACAAUUCCUUUGGAUUGCAAAUGUUGUAAACUUAUUCUGCUCCCUUUCAAUCACCAUUAGUUUCAUUUCAGUUGGUUGUGGUUUUAAACAUACUUUAGAUGGUUUCUCAAAUACUUGGAGAACAAAAAGUUUAUCAAAUUCUCAUCAUGAUGAAAAUGAUGAUAUCGAUUAUGAUGGUGAUGAUGACGAUAAUCAACAACACCAUCACCACCACCACCACCACCAUCAUCAAAUUCAUAAUGAUAUAAAUGAUCAAGAGGAAUUGGAAGAUUUUACAAAUGAAUUUUAUCAUUCAACUUCAAAUCCAACAUCUUCACCUUCUUCUCCACAUAUUACAAGUGGUGGUGGUAGUAAUAUAAAUUAUAGAUCAAAAAUUUCAACAAAAUUUAAAGUUGCUAAACAAAAUAUACUAAAAUCAUCGAUUAAUCAAUCUAGAAAAGUUAAAUUUUGGUUUAAUGAUAAACUAAGAUUAAUAAAUUCUUUUAUUGAUUCAAAAGAAGGUCAAUCAACUUGGGAAACUUCUUCAGCAAUUGUUCGUAUACCCAUUAGAGAAUAUUUAUUCUAUACAUUAUUCUUUGGUUUCAUUCUAUUGGUUGCACUUUUAAACCCAAGAGGUUUCUUAUUCAUUAUGGAAACUGGCACAAGUUUUGGUUUAAAUAUGAUAGCUGGUUGGGCAAUGUAUGUAAUGAUUACAAAUUCAAGAAAUAAUUAUGGUCAUUAUCCAAUUCCUGCUGAAUUACCUCAAAAAGUUUAUAUGUUACGUUAUCCUGUCUUUUUUUAUUUUACAUUUGCAGUAUUAUAUGAUAUUUAUGUAGUUAUAUUUAAUAAAUAA